AUGGAACAUGAUACCAAACAUGAGUUAAAUGAGCAGGUCUCUGCCAACUCGCUCUCUGAGAAACCUCCCACCACUACGCUGCACGACAAAUAUAACGAUGACUAUGAUGUGGAGCCCAUCCAUGCACAUAGCGAAGAUGAAGAAGACUCUCCCAUCGAAGAAGUCCGGCUUGUAGUGCCAAACACGGAUGAUCCAACAUUACCCGUAUACACUUUUCGCAUGUGGUUCCUUUCUAUUAUCUUUUGCUGUGCAUUGGCCUUUAUCAACCAGUUCUUUUGGUUCCGACAAAACGCUAUGGUUGUCACACCUUUGGUGAUCCAAUUGAUCAGCUUUCCUCUUGGCAAGAUCAUGGAGAAGGUUAUUCCUAAGUCCCGUUUCUUUAACCCUGGUCCCUUCAACAUGAAAGAACACGUGCUUAUCACCGUCAUGGCCAAUUGCAGUGUAAAUACUGCUUACGCCGUCGACAUCAUUACCAUUCAACGCCUGUGGUAUGGCCAAGACAUUGGAUGGGGUGGUGGUUUGCUGCUUAUUUGGACAACUCAGCUCUUGGGUUAUGGUCUCGCUGGUCUUUGUCGACGCUUUCUCGUAUACCCGCCUUCGAUGGUGUGGCCUGGUAACCUCGCAAACAUCUCUUUGUUUCGCUCAUUCCACAUUGCUGACAAGGAUUGGACCGGACCUACUCGCAUGCGAUGGUUCUUGUAUUGCUUUUGUGCCAUGUUCGUAUACUAUUGGUUGCCAGGUUACUUCUUCCAAAUCCUCACAUUCUUCUCGUGGGCUUGCUGGAUCAACACCGAAAAUCGCACACUUGCACAAUUAACGGGCGGCUUCAAUGGCUUGGGAAUGUUGGCUGUGACAUUCGACUGGUCAACAAUUGUCUCAUACCUUCAAUCGCCUCUUGUGGUGCCAUGGUGGGCUAUCGGCAAUGUUGCUGUUGGCUUUGUUAUUGUCGCAUGGAUCAUCUCGCCUGCUUUGUACUAUUCAAACGUUUGGGAUGCACAAAAGUUCCCUAUUAUCACUCAAGAGCUUUUCGAUAAAUUUGGUGAGCCAUGGAACAACUCGAUGGUACUCACUCCUGAAAGAACGCUCAACGAAACAGCCUACGCUGAAUAUGGCCCCUUGUACAUGACAAGCUUCUUUGCAUUUACAUACGGCAUUGGAUUUGCUGGUCUUACGGCUGUGAUUUCCCAUACCAUCUUGUAUCAUGGCAAAGACAUCAUCACUCAAUACAAGCGCUCACGUGAAGAAGACAUGGACAUCCAUGGCAAGCUCAUGCGUGCAUAUCCCGAAGUCCCUCAAUGGUGGUACAUUGCUACCUUCAUCGUUGCGUUUGGUGUUUCAUUUGCAGUGAUUUAUUGUUGGCCCAUGCAAUUACCAUGGUGGGGUAUCUUUUUGGCUGCUGGUCUUGCUGCUUUCUUUGUACUUCCCAUUGGCAUCAUCCAAGCAUUGACAAAUCAACAACCUGGUCUCAACGUGAUCACCGAAUUGAUCAUUGGUUUUGCACUUCCCGGCAACCCUAUUGGCAACGUGACCUUCAAGACGUAUGGCUACAUCUCCAUGUAUCAAUGUUUGCAAUUUGUUAAUGAUCUCAAGCUCGGCCAUUAUACCAAGAUCCCUCCAAAAGCCAUGUACAUGGUUCAAACAGUGGGCACCAUCAUUGCUGGUAUCAUAAACCUCGUAACAGCACGCUGGUUAAUGGAUACGGUGCCUGACAUUUGCACUGACGCUGGAUACCCAUUCACAUGUCCUUCGGCACGCACCUUUUAUUCGGCAUCUAUCGUUUGGGGUGUUGUGAGUCCUCGCAAGAUGUUUGGGCCUGGAUCAGUGUAUAAUUCAAUGCUUUGGUUCUUCCUCAUUGGUUUCCUCCUACCUGUCCCAUUCUGGUUGGCACACAAAAAAUGGCCAAACGUUCAAUGGCUCAAGUACGUUCACAUUCCAGUUAUCCUUAACGCCACUGGUAUGAUGCCACCAGCUGUACCACUCAACUUUUCGGCUUGGUGUGCUGCUGGUUUUGUUUUCAUGUGGUAUCUACGUCGCUACAAGUACCAAUGGUGGAGCAAGUAUAAUUACAUUACCUCGGCUGCAUUUGAUAGCGCCGUUGCUAUUGGUGCUAUUGUUAUCUUUGGUGUCGUUACAGGAUCAGGAUACACCCCCGACUGGUGGGGCAAUGGUGGUCAAGGCGUAAAUGGCAUGUUUGAUAACUGCCCUCUUGCCUUAGCCAAUGCAUCCAAUGACUGUGCUUUAUGCUAA